CCGUUCAGAGAGGAGCGCGAGCUUAGUUGAGGUGGCUAGGCGCAGACGAACGGACAGCCGGUAUUUUUAGUGCGGUUCAGACACAAGUGCGCUUCAUGUUAACACUAUUAGUUGGUUCUAUUAAACUCCACUCUCUUCGAUGAUCAUUCACAGUUUUCCAUAGAUGAAUCUCUUCCAAUAGUUGGGAAAAAUGUGAUAUUGCAUUUUGUUUGAAUGCUUACUUGCUAAUAUAUAAUGAUUAAGCCUGCAAUACGUUUCAACUUAGUUUCCUUAAUUUUUGACACUCAUUCAUCUGAUAUUUUGAAAAAAUGUUUUAUGAUUUCAAGAGAUAACAAAAGAGCUAGGAGUCCCAUUUGAGUUUUGAGAAAGUGAUUGUUGGCAGGAGAAAGUGCAGAAAACAAUUAAUUUCAUAGGUUACUAAAUUGGGUGCUUUUUAUUUACUUCACUUUCCUUGAAAGUUUAUUAUCCACUCAUUAUUACAUUAUUACAUAACUAUCUGACUAUAAGUGAGAAUUUCACUCACUGACACCGUGCAACUCAAAAGCAUCACUAUAGUUUUCAACUGUUUUGUUGGGGAAAUCAAGAGUAAACAUACGAUGUAGGCCUACAUCAAACAAUUAAUAUCAAUAAUGCCAGUAGGUUCUUACAACUUGAUAGUCGUUCCAGUUACUGGGAGCUUGUAACUUGAUUCUUGUGGACAUGUACUAGCACAUGGUAUGUACUUAAGCAUGUUUUGUUCAUGUGACAUACACAAGUGGGCUACUCAUGUGUACUCAGUUCAAGUACGUGCUUACAUGCAUUUCCAGUCAUUUACAUGCUUCCGGUUUCCUGUCAACAGUGACUAGAAACCAGGAGUAACCCUUUGUAAUAUAGAAAUUGAUUAUUCGACUGAACAUAAAAUAUAUGAAGACAAUUAUAUGAGUAUACAUUUCUAGUGACUUUACUGAUCUUGGAAAACUGCAUGGAGUUUAGAGAAUAAUGUAUCAGUGUUUCUGUACAUAAAUGGAGACUAUGAAAAAGCAAAAUAACUCAGCAACCAUUGAAAAUACAGGCUCUACCAACCUAAUUAAGUUGAGUUUGAAAAAGCCGAAACAUUGGAAAUGGGCCCUGACAACACCUGACUCUGCAACAGAGCCACGUGCUCCUGACAUCUUACUUUUCGAUCAUGAAGGCAACUUACUGGUCGACACAAGAUGGCGUAAAAAACAACAUUUCAACAAUUCUCUCAAAUCGAUUUCAUUUUCCGAGAGACAUUCGUUCACAAGUAAGUUUGUAUCUAAUCCCGAUAACGUUGAAGGAACGACCGAUCUCACGCACAGUAUAGGAAAAACUAGAGUUAUUGAAGCUGCUGAAAAUUUUGUGAGAAGUAGUUAUGGGAAUAACAAACAAAGGAAAAGUAGGAGUAACGAAAAAAGUUUGAAAAGUACAACUGAAAAGUUAGAGUUGUCAAAGGAUAAGGCGAGGGAAAUAAUUGCAUAUAGAUUGAAAGAUAAUGUGAUAUCAAUUGGAGAAAGAAUAGAUGGCUGUCCAACACAUAAAGGGAGGAAUAUUCAGAGUAAUUUGAAAAAUACUGCACCAGAUUUGUCAAAUAAGAAAAUAAGUAUUGUUGGAGAAAAGUUUGAGGAAGGAAAUGUGGGAGAUUUGUUGCUGGAAGUAAGUAGUCUUCAAAAUAAUAUUGGUGAUACAGGAAACCAUUUCAAUGAAAUGAAGAUGGGUUUGAAUAAGUCUAAAAACUCUCGGGACAGCUUUAAGAAGAAUAAAGGAAGGAAAAAAUCGAUAAAUACCCAUUUACCAAAUGAGGAAGAUCUAUUACUCAAGAAAAGUGGUGAAGUUCCAAAUAGUUUAAGCAACACCAAAAACGAUUUGAAUGAGGUGAAUAUUGGUUUCAAUGAAUCAGGGAAAAGUCGAGGUAGCUUCAAGAAGAAUAAGGGAGGAAAACUAGAAGGUGAUAAAGAUGUAAAGCAAAAUUCUCUGGAUAUUAGUCAGCAAUCACUGGAGAAAAAUGUGGGGAAACGUCUAGAUGAAAACACUUCUUCACACGAGGUAGGAGGAGGGUUUAUUGUGACCAGAGAUAUAACUGGGAAACAUAUAGCUUUUCCAAAACCAAAAAAAGAAUCUUCAAGGGUGAACAAUGAGAAUGAUUCAAAAAACAAAUGUGCUAGAAAGGUAUCGUUUGAUAAGGAGGGAAACAAAUUGAAAUUUGUACUGGAUGAUAAACAAGAAGCAAUGGGAGAUUCAGCAUAUAGUGGGAUGAAAAAGGGGGAAGAAAUUCAUGGAGACAUUCUGAGUUGUACUGACUUUAACAAAAAUGGGGGUGAUAUUGUUGGGAAAUUGGGAGCUUUACCAUCUAGUGAUUGCUCUGAGAUGGCCAUUUACUCAUGUUUGCCAUCUUGUGGUAGUUUUUUGAGGCGUUCAAAAAGUUGCAAAUCGGAGAAAAUUUCGAAUCCUUGUAGCCGACGGGUUAGCUAUUGCGACGAGCUUAGUGAUGUUAGGAAAAUUGAGGUCAGAAUGACAGCGCGGAAAAAAUCUCGCGAACGACGGAAACUGCUGACUAAGCAGCGAUCUGAGUCGCGGGGAUCCUCCUCUUCUUCUUGUUCUUCUUCAAAGGAGCGUACGGUGAGGCCACCCAGAUCAAGGAGGAAGAAUAAGCGGAAAGAUCGUAGCCAAUCAGGUAAGUCUCUAUGACAAACUCUUGGGUAAGCUAAAAAUUAGAUUUUAUAAAAGCUCACUAUUUUUAGGGAAAUUAUUGUUUUAUUGCGUAUGAUGCAAAAUUAGGAUCCCGACGAAUUUUAGAGCCUUAGAGGAUCAAUCGAAUUAUAAUACAUGAAACUCAAUUUCCACUUGGAGUCCACUUAUACUACAGUACUUCCACGAUUCAUGAUAACUCCAGAUUCGAAACAAUUUUGUGAAUCGUCGAAGAGGAUUAAUCUUCGUUGUAGCAAGAGGCGAGUGAAGUAUGGAGCAAACGCGUCUCCAUAUUAUUCAAUUGGGUGGAAUUGGAUUGUGUGCAUUGAUCGAUUGAAAGUGGAGCCUUAUCAGUAACUGAAGUGGAUGGAAAUGGAACGAUACCAAUCUAAUAUCCGCUGCUCUUUUGCCGCUGAAUAAAUCCAUGUUGAUAUUUGAUCAUUUCGUAGAAUUGAGUAAAGCGAUUUUCGCCUACAGUUGCUUUUCUACAUUUUCGUUUUGGGUCUGAGUGGCAUGCUUCUACAAGUAUGAUUAGAACAAUACAAGUGGCGGUUCACUCACGAAGGAUGAGAAUGAGAGGGGAAAGAGAAAAAGAAGAGGUUAAAGAAGAGCAGAACUGAAGCAGGAGAAGGAGAAGGAUCCUAAUAUGAGCGAGCAGAAAAUAAAGAAGAUGAUGAGGAAGUGUGAAAGAGUGGUUGAUGUGGACGCUGCAAUCUUUGCGUUUGGUUGAGUAGUAAAACCAGAGAAAGAGGAGGAGUCGGAGAAGAAUAAAGGAUGAAGAAAAGUAUAUGAAGCGACAAAGGAGAAAAAGAGAAGGAGAAAGAUUAUGAGUAGUAGGAGUAGUUUUUGUGGCAAGGGUCCGUUUUCAGUAAAUAAUGAUUUCACACCAAUUGAAAAUAAUUUGCUCCUCUCAAUCACAUAUCAUUCCCAGAUACCUAGUUCCUGAAAAAAUGUGAAUUUCUAACUACAAAGUCUACUUUCAACUUCAACACACAAGCAGCUUGCCAUUGAGUUAUAACUGUGACUUAAAUCCCAAGAAGUAUUAUUAUAAGAAAACUUUUGUUUCUUGUUGAGGUGUUAUAGCCUGAAAUAAAACUUUGCUACAAUAAAACAGGCAGCUGCACCAAAGAAGAAAAAUAAGUUUUCAGGUUUCUUGCAUCACAGUUUUUAGGGCAAGUUGUUGAAAUAUUCCUACCCUCUCUCCCACCUAUCAUCUACUGCCUUGGAAUAGCUAACCAUAACGCAGACUUUCUCAGUUUUUCACGCCACAAAUUCGGUUUAAUGAUGAUGAAUAGUCAACAAGUUCAUUAAAAAGAGAGGAAAGUAAGAGGAGCUGCGGUAUGGUGCUACUUGAAAUCUUCAAAAUAGAAGUUGAACUUCUUACUCUCUUCUCCUUACCAAUUUUCUCACCUCACUUUCACUACUAAUUGUUUUUGUCAUUAGCAAAAUGACUGUCAUGAAAAUAAAUGAUUUUUAAUUAUUAGAAUAAAUCAUUAUCAGAAAAUAGAAAAACAGCGAAACAAUUAUAAUAAUUUUAGAAUUAAUCCGAAGAAGACUAUAGAAUAUUUACCAAUUUGAAUGGAAGAAUAUGGUAUGAGGCCAGCCUCAGAGUGGACAGCCUUGGAGUGUUCUCUAUCACGAUUUUAUGAAUCAUUUAUCUUGAGUUUUUUUGCAGCAGCAGACUCUAACAAGUUGGGACAAAAAUUAAGAAAUAUAGAUUGAAUCACCAAUGAAGUGACAACGAUAUUGCUACCCCACCAAAACUCCAGGCUCUUUUAUAUCCAUAAUCCUCUAUAUUCUACAUCCUUACCCCUCACGUAGCCUUAAUAUCCUCCCGCUUGUACCUCUCAUGUUUUCCACUUCCCCGUAGAUUCUGCAGAUUUAAUUCAUUCAUAUCACCCAUCCUUUUCAUCUUCAGGAUGCAUUUUCAUAAUAUGUUAUUAUGCACCAUUAUU